AUGGCUCAAUCGAAAGCUUGCAAGCCACUAGUACUCAACGACCUAUUGAUCCAGAAUGUUAACACUUGGGGCAACGUUCAGUACAAUAUACCUCUGAGAUUGUCUAAUAAUGAAACUAGGAGUUCUACGAGCAUCGCCCAUCGGCAAAUACCCGCCAUUCCUCAUAGCUUGGAUUGUAAAAUCGACGACCCACUCCCUGAGCGCGUAUGCGGGCGAGACAUGGUGACUGAGAAGGAAACGUACAGGACCACCAGCGGCGAGUACUGCGUCAAACCGAACCCAAAUAAAGCCAUGGAGCGGUCGGACUGCUCCAUCAACUGUCGCCGCGUCAUCUUCAUGACUGGCGUCGAAAAACGGUUGCAAGGUAAACAGAUAGUUCAACCGAUCAUGAUCUCCGAAAUGAAGGACAACUUCCGUGGGGUGAUAAACCAGCCUAAUAUGCCACCGGACAUCACAGUAAAAGCUCCCGACCCCGAAUAUAUCUUUGAUGUGGUGGCAUCGGGCAGGAACGAAGCACCUGCUAUAUCUGACAGCGCGGGCGGGUACAGACGGCUACUGGACCCGUACGUGAGCACGUAUCGAGCUAAUCACCGUCCGUUUACUACUGAAGAUCAGUACGGUAUUGGAGCGAAGGACCACAUCACUGUCUACUCGGAGUUCAAUAUACCUAAGGCGAAAGGAUUCGGCCCUCGCCACAAGGAGAUCUGGAUGCCGCUAAUGUCUAAAGUGCACAGAGGCGUCUAUGACAGGAUACACGUUAAAAAGGAAUACAAGGAGGUGGCCGCAUGCCACAACCCAGUUAACAAUAUUAAGGGCGUGUUCCAAUCAGAGAUGAAGAAGAAAUACAAGAUCCCCUACGCGUCCUCUCAUUUAUCCUCCUGGGGUCACGGGGAGACGUUCGAUCUGGCACCUUACCCCCCCAACCCUUACCAGACCAACAUAGCACCGUUCAUGUACUGCAGCGACUAUUGUCACGUGGCUAGAGGCACUCCCCCGUAUACGGUCAUAGACCAGCACCGGCACGACUUGCCAGUACAUAAAAAGUGUACGAAAAGAUACGUCGUCUCAAGGGAUUAUGAACCUUAA